UGGGCCGACGAUAAGCAGCAUAUACCACAUGCUCGCACUCCUGUGUUUUUAUUUUCUUCAUAUUGCAAUGUUUUUAUUGGAUGGUAUCAUGGUGGCGGUUACAGUAGCACUCGAACACUAUCGCCUGAUUAUUUCCUGGGUAUUCUAAGACAUCCAUCAAAACUUACUCGUACAAUGGCGAAGUUUAUUUCCCCGUUUGUCUGUUUUUGCUACUGCUUCGUGGCCAUAUGCUUGCAACAAGCGCACGCAGCAACAUUGCCACAAGAUUGGCGGAAUCGCAUCGACCCCAGUGUGCUGGAGUCACGGGAAUCAGAGUCUGGAAUAUGCAACCUAGACGAAGAAAUAGAACUACCCGAAGGAAAUGUGUUCGCUUUAAGCAUUAGCACAGGCAAACUCCUCCCACAAAACUACUGGCCUAACGGCGGCAAAAAUAUUCCUUACAAGAUCGCCCAUGGUUUUGAAGAAUCUGCGCGACGGAAAAUAAAACGAGGAAUGGCCGACAUCAAGCGGGUUACGGUUGGCUGCAUAACCUUCACUCCACGGACAAACCAAACGGAUUACUUAUUUUUCCGACCCCAUGAUAAGUGGUGUCAGUCAAGAGUUGGCCGGCGGUUUAACGGCGGUCGGCAGGAUAUCAGACUGACCAAAGCCUGCGCUAAUUAUACCGGCACAAUCCAGCACGAGAUCCUCCACGCGCUGGGUCUGUAUCACGAGCAGAAUCGACCCGAUCGCGAUCAGUAUGUCGACAUCUUUCAGGACAAUAUCCGGCCGGAUGUCAUGCAAAACUUUCACGUCUUACCGCACAUGGAAGUGUACGACACACAUUAUGACUUCGACUCCGUUAUGCAUUACGGCGCCAUGGAUUUCGCCAAAGACCCUAAUCAACCGACUAUCAUUCCAAAAGUCACGAAACGGACGCAUAUGGGGCAGAGGCGGAGCUUGAGUAUACUGGAUGUGGCCAAACUGCAGAAAGCAUACGGAUGCCAAUUCGAUCCGGAUAACGAAGAAGCAAACGAUCCGGUUGCAUCGAUGCCACCCACACAAAUGACGACAACAGUUCCAGAAACGACCGAGGCCACGGAAAAGCCACCUGAUAGACAACAACAACAACGAAUGACGCCAAAAGCACCAAUCUUGCCUGUAACUCCUGAAUUACCAGCGUUCACGCCAAUCAGUACAGAAUUUCAGGAUGAAGAGUUUCCGGAGUUCUCCGACGAGCCAAUGACGGAAUCGCAGUGCUCGUUCCAGUUUCGUCCCGGGUGUGGGCGGGAACAUUACACCCGUGCAACGUGCACCCAUACUAAAGGUUUGGAAAUCGAUUGCAAAGGUAUAAUACCGGCUGUGCUUAGCGAUAUGGUGCGGAAAAGCGCCCGAAGGCCUAUGCGCGCAGUCCGAGUCGAUAUUGAUGACGGACAUGAUACACUGACCCCGGCAAUAUUCGCUCCCAUCCGCUUACAGAUUAUCGGUCUGGAGUUAUGGAACUGCCGCACAAGGCGCACGACGGAGAAGUUGCGUUUAUUAAAGUUCUCCCGAAUGUAUCAUUUUGAAGCGGUACAGUGCCGGAAUUUGGAUAUUCGUCGAAGUGACUUUGAUACGUCGAGGAAUUUGCGAAUGAUUCUGUUCCGUUCGUCGACCUUUGCGCGGAUGGAAGAAGAUACCUUUGGGAAUCUACCUGAUUUGCAGUUGUUAAGUCUGGAGUACGAGCGAACCAGAAGGCCCACUAUUCCAUUGAUUCCACGAGAUCAGCUGGAUAAUGUUAAGAGGGUGCACUGCAGCUGCCAGUUUGAGUGGCUCAGACAACUGUUCGACCGCAAACCGGAGCUGCUGGAUGGGAGACAACAGGGGGAAGUUUAUCUAAUUGACGAUGCGUUUGAAAGCCCAAAAAUCGAGGUCGAGCAGAUUUACUACCCAUUCCACUGCCGGCUGAAUGGGUAUUCGUCGUUCACGCGCUUUCGUGAAAACCCUUUUUCUCGGUACGCAGACGAGUGUUAGCGCUAACACUCAGCGCUGAGAUGCCAGCAUCUCAGAGUGUUUAUUUAUUCGAGAAUGCUGAUAUUUUAUCUAACAGUUACCUUGCAUCCAGUGUCAAGCUUUUAAGGGUUUGCGUUUAAUUACGCUCAGAAAUAAAAUUAACAAUGGAAGCAAAAAUACUAGUACCUACAU